AUGCUUUCGUGUCUGCUCUUUGCUGCUGCGGGCGCGGCUUCCGCGAUUUCGGCACGCGCCGCCCGACUGGUUUUCAUCUGUUCGGUCCUCGCAUUCACCUGCGCGUCAUGCGGCCGCCACGCCCUGGCACAUGACAAGGUUUUCUCGGCUUCUGACUCUCCGUCAGAGCUGACAACUCCGGGGAUUCUCGCCUUUGGCAUCGCCGAUGCUUGCGUGGGCAGCGAGGGGCUGGCUGAGAGUCAGAGAGGUCACGGAGGCGGGCAGCCCCCGGGCGUCGAACCACCUUCCCUGGCUGAGCGCGUUUCUUCUCGUGGCGGCGCCGAAGCUAGUCCACAUCGCGCCGCAGCAGAAGCGGGUGCCAGUGGGCUGCCGCAGGGGCGUGCGCGAGGGGAUGGGCAAGGGCCGCUGACCGCGGAGAGGGCCUGUGCAGCAGCGAGGAAUGACAGGAGCGGCGGGGCUGCUUUGGCCUCGGCGGACUGCGCAGCGAAUGUGCCAGACCCGCAGUCCUCUCGAGGCUACCAGCGCGCCGAAGGGGAGAUGCCUGCGCUGUUCCCUAGACGCGGACCAGCUCAGCCCACAGGCGGUCAUGCAAGCUGCGCCUCCCCCACGCCAGGGACGAACGACGGCGACACGCGAAAGCCGGACAGCUCCUCGCCUGCUUUGUCGUCUGCGCUCCGUCGCGCAGCUGCGGCGGUCUCCUCUAUGGCCUGGGCUGCGCUGCCGUGUUCACCCCGUGAGCCCGUGGAGCCGCAAAAGUCGUCCACAGCCUCCGCCGAGCCGCCUCCUGCGAAGAAGGGCGCGGUGGUCGCGGGCAAGUUCCUUCUUCUCAGUCAGCUACACAGUGGUCUACACAGUGGUUUUUCUCCGUCGGCUCUUCCCUAUCUCGGAGCUGCGCAUGGGGGCUCGCCGGGCGUUUCAGCCACGCACGCAGCUGCGGCCUUCAUCUCUGCGGUGGCGGAGAACACGCGGACGCUGAACGGAGAACAGGGAAGUGUCGCGCCUGCUUUUGACCCUCGCCCCUUUGUCCGCCCUUCCUCUUUUCUUCCGCCGGGCGUCUCAUUCUCAAGCCUGUCUCUCCCUCCGGACUCCACUCGCCGGUCCUCGCACCUGUUGAAGCCGGCGGAGACGCGAGCGCGUGCUCGCGAAGAACCUGCAGGAAGCGACCCGAGUCUCCAGCUUCCGCCCAGAGUUGAGGGCGACGACGCGUUGCUGCCUGCGUUCCCUCUGGCUGGAGCUCCCACUGGGGAUCCGCACCGGUCACCUCCGCCACGUAGUAGAGGUCAACCCGCCUUUCCGCUGGCAGAGUCGCCGCCUUUGUGCGGCGAAAACACCCGAGGGGAAAGGUGCUCCCCCCCGCUGACGCAACCAGCGACCUGGCUAAUCGGGUGCACGUUUUUUCCCGCCCGCCCACGGACCACGAAGCGUCAAGGCGCAGUCCGUCGUCUCCUCCGCGCCGCAUCUCUUCCGUGUGCGGGAACGGGCAUCGAGCCGAGGGGGGCAGCUGCCUCCCCGUAUCCCACGGAAUGCUGGCUCUUCAGUCUCGCCAUACCGGUGAAAAGGAGAGCGGAGGAGCCGUGUUGCAAGUGCUCACUCCGCUUCGAUCGGUCGGACCGAGGCAACGGCGGAGGCAGCGAAGAGGCCAUUGCCGUGACCAGCGAGACCGCCUCUUCGGGGCGCUGCCUCAACCCGGAUAUAUACCUCAAGGCCUUUCCGUUCUGGUCCGACGGCGACGAGAAGCACUACAAACUCUUCAAGAAGAUCGGACAAGGCGCGUAUGGCGAGGUCUGGAAGGCCUUGGCUCUCGAUAGCGGCGCCGAGCACAGACACGUCGUCCUGAAGCGCAUGCGGCAUCCGCGCGAUCGCCGCGGCAAGCAGAUUCGCUUGAGUGGAGAGAGAGAAAUUUUCUUCGGCCGUGCGCCUCGCGCAGCGAGAGACAGCCGUGGGCGCGGAGGCCAACCAGUUGAGAAUCUGCGCACCGGCCAAAUGCUCUCGGGGGCAGGGCACAUCGCUCGCUUCCUUGAGGCGUUCACGCUGCCUGGCGACCCGGCGGCCGCCGAGGCCGCUUCUCCUGCGGACGUGACAGACACAGGGAGGAGACCAGACGCCGCGCCCGCAGACCCUUCCGGGGCUGGUCGGGGAGCCGGAGCUCGCCAGCGCGCAGCAGGCGCCGCGGGGGCGAAGGAGGCGGACGGAGAAAGCCGCGACGGCGCGAGGCGCGCCGCCGCGGCGACCUUGCGGGGGAAGCGAGACCGGGGGGGGGGAGGGGGUGACAGCGAGGAGAGCAGCGCCAGUGAAGAGAGCCAAGCGAAGACAGCAGGACGCGCGCGGCCGGGAGAGCCGCGCGAAGAGGACCCGCGCGCGAACGGGGAGGAUCAAGGCGCAAGGCGCGACGAGGAGGAGGACCUAUGGCUCGUCUUCGUGAACGAAGGCUACUCGUUGUCGCACCUCUUUUUCUCGCCCGACGAGCGACGAGGAGGUAUCUUGGCGCCCUCGGAGCUUUGGUGGCUUCUGAAGCGUCGCGGCAAGCUGCCGGGGGACCGGGCCCGAAACCCGUCUGGGGGUCCGGUGCCGGGCAGCGGGUUCUCGUCCGAGUUUUCUUCCUCUGCUGGAGCGCGGCCGCGCGCGGCGUCGCCGUUUCAGGCCUUCUACGAGGUCUUUUCGCAGGGCUCGGCGCCUCCCGACUUCCUUCUCUUCCUCCGCGUCAUUGUGCGGCAGCUCCUCGAAGCGACCGCUCACGCGCACAGAGCCGGCAUCACCCACCGCGACGUGAAGCCAGAGAACGUGCUGCUGCGCCCGUCGUUCCCUCUCGACAUUCGCCUCGCAGACUGGGGGAGCGCCAUCUUGACCUCUGCACAUCGGAACGCGACGGCGAUUGAGACCUUUUUCUCGCUUCUCGAUGAGGGCGAGCCAUCGGCGGCACAGGAGACCAAGGGCUACCAGCCCCCAGAGAGCUUCGCGACCGCCUCGAUUCGCCUGAACUCCGCGCGGGAAGACGCGGCCGAACUCGGACACCAGGCGACGGAGAUCCUCGAGGCGGCGCGGGAUGCGGCCGCGGAGCGAAGCGAGGAAGCGCACGUGAAGGAAAGGGAGCUCGGUGGCAGGGCCUGUCCAGGAGAGCUCGAGCGCCGCUUCGCGUUUCAGUCGGCGGCCGCCGUGGAGAAGGCGCUGCUGUACCAGGCGCUGGGUGCGCUCUGCCUCGUUCCUUGGCCGCAGGACCACGCGCCGUCGCUCUUCGUUUCUGCCUUGUCGCCGUCUGCUCGGCGGCCUUUUCCGCCCCAAGCCACGCGCCUGGAAGAGCCCUUUAACGCGCCACCCGCCAGGGCGGCGCUUCUCUCUUCCUCGUCGAGUCAGGGAGGCUGCCGGUCGGGCUCUGCGGGCGGGGCGGCUCCUCUUGCCGCUGGGUCCUCCGCAUUUGCGGACGAGGCCGCAGUAAUGGCUGCGCCGAGCCUGGCGGUCGCUCCGCUGCGGUACUUCGCCCCGGUCUACCUGUCGCCCUUCCUUACCAACUACCUAUUCGGCUCGGUGCUGCGCGUGCUCGUUUCGCUCUGCGACUCGCUCUCGAGCUACUCCGCAGCGCUUGGCUACGUCUGCCGGGCGGCGUGCCCUGUUGCGGACUUUCGAGCCUGCGGCGGAGACCGGGGCCUCGAACGCGCAGAGGGCGACGCGCGAGACUCCGCGCCCCACGCGGUCGGACGCGGAGCCCAGGGGGACUCGCCCCCUCCUAGGCUCCUCGAACGCGAGCCAGAGAGAGCGGCGAGCGGAACAUUGAAGGCUCAAGGCCUCGACUCGCCCGAGGAGGCGCGCGCGGAGCUCUUCCAGUUCCUGCAGCUGGUGCGGCGCGAGGAGGAGACCGGACUUUCACUCGCCGCCCCGCCGCCGGGUCCGUGUCCGUCUCCUUCUAGCCCGACGUGCGCGGCGGCUGGCGAGCCGCGCGUCGUGUGCCGGGCGCGGCGGGGGCGCGAAGCCGCCGGCGGAGCGCAGGCCUUUUGUCGGGAGGCUCUUGGCGGCGCUGCGGAGGAGACCGCAGGGGGGCGCGCUUUUCGGCUUGCGCCGAACGGGUCGGCGAAACUCCUGGCCUCGCCUGGGGCCUUGAGCCGCGAAGGCGACGGCGGCGCAAAAGACGCGGCUGUGGUAGUCCGCGCACAGCGUAACGCACUCAUCCAGGCCGCCCGGGGCGCGGCGGAGCUGGCUGUCGCCGCGAAGAAACCCAAAGGCAGGAAGCGCGUCGAGCGAGCGGAGGAAGAGGCAGGCGAGACCGCCGAUGGCGAGGAGACCGAGCGCGACACAGAGAAGACCGGCGAGCUACCCCCCGAAGGAGGCGCGAGGAGCUGGAAAAGGAAAAUGAGCCACGACCCCGCCGAGUGCGACGACGCUCUAUUCGCGCGACUCUUGCGCGAGCGCGACCGGGCGAGCGUCGGCCUGCCGAACGGACUGGCGCGCGAUUUGCUUCGCAAGCUGCUCGCCUUCGAUCCGCAGGAGCGACUCUCGGCGGAGGAAGCUCUGCGACACCCGUGGUUCUCCGUCUCGCCUGCAGCGGCUGGAACGCAGCAGCGAGAGCUGCGCGAAGGCAGAGAGUAG